UUUAGUUACCAAACCUCAUUUCACCCAACAGGACGAUGAAUCAGCCUCCGUUUGGCACUGAGAAGGAGCUCUAUAAAAGCCUAAUGACUAGCCGUGACCGCGGACUCCACGUCAUCGAAAGAACCGCGCAGAACAGACGAGGCGAUGAGCCAGCCCAGACGAAGGACUACCUGCCCGGAGAGCCUCGCGUCCAACUGAACGACCCGCAUAUCGACACGUACCUCAAGGCAGAGCUGGCGACCAACAGCCUGGACCAGCUUUCUCCGCAUCUGUGGCUGGUCGCCAAGCAGGAUAUCCCACAUCUCAUCAUCGUCACGGAGAAGCCGGAGCUGCAUCUUGUCUGGUACUAUGACCGCGUGUUCAUCAAGCCGUUGCCGAAAUAUCUUCUCUCGCAUGCCUUCUGGGAGUUCUACUUGGUCUCGGCCACCUCGCCGAUCCAAGACCCCCUGCGGAGUGACCUGAAAAGGGCGGCCCUCGGGUUUCUACGGUCAUAUGCCUGGCUCGUGCGGCACAGGUCGGAUUUCCAUCUCGCCAUGCACGAGGACCACCGCCUGCUUCCGAAGCGAGUCAGGUACGCGAGCUUCGUCAGCCUGAUCAAAUCCUUUGAAACCGUCGACAACGGCAUGGUCUCUCCGCGCUAUCACUACGGAGAACUGCGGCUCUCGCGGCUGAAUUUCUGGUCCAAGAUCCUCCUCUUCCGUCUCACCUACCACAAAGUCGAGGGGCAGUACGGUGCCUACUUUGCCCGCUUCUAUGGUCCGAUUCUCUUCCUCUUUGCGCUGUUCUCUGUGCUACUCAGCGCCAUGCAAGUCGUCCUAGCCGUGCAGGACCUCAUCGAGUCAGACGCUUCGUGGGAGGCCUUUUCGAAGGUGUCUCGGGGCUUCUCAGUCUUCGCCCUCGUCAUCAUUGCUAUUAUGGUUUUGUUCCUCCUGCUGGCCCUCGUGACUAUAUCGUCUCGAGAGGUCUUGUACGCCCUGACGGAUCUGUAUCGCAAAAGGCGUUCGAGACCUUACACAAAGGUGGGCAACCAAAGCCUUCCAAAUGGCGAUUGA